AUGGUCUCCAACGCAAAAUCAGCUGGCACCGCCGAAGGUGAAGUCAACCAGCAGGACGCAAAGUUCAUUCUUGAAUGCGUUGAUAUUGCGAAAGUGGGCGAGGCGCUCGGAUACACCAACCCGGCGUCUGUUGCCAACCGCUUCCGACUCCUACGCAAGAGAUAUGGAUUCCACAAUCUCGAAUGCACCAACAUCUCCAGCAAGGGCGAGGACAGACCGUCUGCCGCUUCGAUGAAGGCCACUACUGCCAGAGCCAAGCCCGAAAAUCUGGCCAGAACCACGACCACCGCCGACGAAACAGCCCCCGAGUCGAACGAGGACAGCGAGGUCCAGCCCCCCGUCAAACGUCAGCGCGUCUCAAAAACUACCACUGGGACUAAGGGCGCCAAAGCGUCGCUGAGACCGGUUACCACUACUGCACCCACCCGUACCCCCAAGUCCAAGGGGCCCGCCAAAACUGGCAACUCCCAGGUUGUAACCGAUUCUCUUGAGGACCAGGGCAUCAACUCUUACUUGCUGGAUGCGGUCGACCAAAUCGUCCAGGAGGAAGAUUUGGCCGAUGUCAAAGUCCACAAGACUCGCGGAAAGGCUUGA